AUGGGAGGAAGUUGUAAAUUACGGAAGCGCGAUGCUCAGACAUCCUGUUCAGUUAUUAGAAUCACCAGCUUGUGCGCGAGCUCUGGGGAGCCUAAACUAUGUAUCAUGGUUGGUUUACUUGUGUCCAAGGUUCUCUUUGGGUUUCUUCUGCUCAUGUUUUUUCAGGGAUGUUGGUCCAGACCUUCAUCACCUCCUCAGGGGGGCUGUACCAGUGAAGAAUGUGCGGUUGACAUCAAUUGUAUGUUUAUCAAUUGGGAAUAUGUAAACUGUAGCUGGACAAGACCCAAAAUGCAGAAUGUAAACUACACCUUCAGCAGCAAAUUAUCCUCUAAAACAGUGUAUAAAGAGUGUCCACAGUAUCUGCAGGAGCAUGGUCAGAAUGUGGGCUGCAGGAUCCCUUUUACAGUCGAGGAUCAGUUUAGUCAUUUCUCUACGAAACUGUCUGUAGGUAGAAAUCAGUCUGUGACAAAGGAUUAUGAUCAACUCUUAAACAGAGUAAAGUUCAACCCACCAAACAACAUCUCUGUGAACUGGACUGGUGCUAAUGGUAGUCUGUGCCUGAACUGGGUGAGGAGUAUUAAGCACCAGAACUGUGUGCGCUAUAUGGUGCAGUAUUGGAGAGAUUCUAAACCUCAGGUCCCCCACAAAACGAAUAAAAAUAAAUACUGUAUACCCUAUGUCUCCAAAAAAGUUAAUUUUACAUUCCAAGUAAGCAGUAAGCUGGAGGGGAGCUGUGGUACUUCUGAUUUUUGGAGUGACUGGAGUGAUCCGGUGCAGUGGGGUAACUACACAGAAAGCCUCCCUGGAUCACCCUCAGUGUCUUUGUGGCCAGUGUGGCUCUCUAUCUUGGGGAUCGUUGUACUGAUCGCCCUUGCUAUGCUGUUGUGCUAUUGUGAAAGGAUAAAGAUAUUCAUACUUCCGGUGGUCCCGGACCCCAGCAAGAUCCUGCAGGACUUAUUUCGUGAACAUAAUGGAAAUGUUGAGAGCUGGGUUCAUUCCUCCAGGCUGAAGGAAGCGUUUGAGACGGAUUACACAGAGAUCCCCUGUAUCGUUUGUGAGCCCAGUCCCACUCUUAAGACCUGCAGAUACCCUGACGUGAGUUCCGUGUGGAUCUGACCGAGUCAAGUGUGUUCUGUGUGAAGAUUUUGAAGUGGUUGUGCUGUAGAGAAGACAGCGGCCUGGUCAGAGUCUGGACUGGCUUCAGGCGAGAGGUCACGAGCUGCUGCUGCUGCUGUAAAUAUUUCAGACCCUCUUUGAAUUCAUACCGCGGAGCAGCGGCGGUGUCUGCUUACAUCUCUGGCAUUUCAUCAGGACAUACGACCUACAUGCUUCAGCACAGCCGCCUGUAACACAGCGCUCAUUACCACUGUUAUUAAUGCUGUGGGCCUAAUGCUGCUCCACAGCAGCUCUGGAGGAGAAACGUGCUAUCUAUCUAAUGCAUUUCACACCAGCCAGAAACUCAUUCCACUCAAUGAUAUACAUCCAAAUCAGCCUUUCUGUGUGUGUGUGUGUGUGUGUGUGU